AUGGAGCUGCCAUUGAGGCAACUUCACUUCUUCACUAUCCUGCUGCUGGUAACAUCAAACUUGCUCCUGUGGGAGAAAGCUGCAUCAAUUCCAGAUUGUAACAGAGAAGACGGAGGCUGUCAGGAGCCCCUUUUGGAAACAAUUAACAAUGCCAUGUCCCGGGCUCUAAAAAUUCAUACUCUUGCUUAUCAAAUACAUGAUGACUUUUUCCACAACGAAUUCUUUUCCAGACAAUUUGCUUCUAUUGUUGAUCGAUUGUUGAUGAGUGAUCAAGUUGUUCUCACAGCCAGAACUUCCUGCCAUUCUAAUAUCACGAACCCUCCAGAUUCUGGAGCUGAACACACAAAUCUCAAAACCAAAAAAUAUGUAAAAAUGUUGAUCAAUUUUGUGGGUGCCUGGAACAGUCCUCUGUUCCAUCUAAUGAUUGAACUGAGUGCCAUGCAAGGUGUCCCAGAAACUAUUCUUUCAAAAGCCAAAGAGAUGGAAGAGAACAACAGGGAACUCCUGGAUGACCUUAGGUGGAUACUCAGCAAGGCCUAUCCUACUGCAAAGAUGACUGAAAGAUUCCCUAGCUGGCACCAUCUUUCAUUCUUAAAAUCAAAUGACAAAUAUUAUAAAUCUUUGGCAAUGUAUAACCUUUGUAGUUGCUUACAAACUGAUAUUGGCUACACAAUAUAUCACCUCAGAACUUUGAAGUGUCGGUUAACUGGAAAUGAUUGCUGA